CUGGCAUUAUCGAUAGGCAGAACAGCUGUGGAUUCGAUAGGAGCGCAAAAAUAAUAACAAAACCACUGAAAACCAAUUGUUAUUAUUUUGUGAUGCAAUAGUUUCAGGAUUUGGACACAAAAUGCAGCUUACCCGCCUUUUACUGAAGCCUCGAGCCUCGGAAGUAUUGAGCGCAUAUUUGAAACAAUGCCAUGAGCCACCUUGGACAUCAUAUUUCGUGAAGCCCAGUUCCACGAUGUGGCCAACGAUCAGAGGGGAAUGUCUCACUUUAAUUGGACCCUGGAUAGCGGCACCAACUACCACAUUCUGCGCACCGCCUGUUAUCCCUAUAUGAAGUACCACUGUAGCAAGCGGGAGGUGCAGGAUCUUUGGCUGGAGGACAAGUUCUUUCGCUUCCUUAAGGUGAUCAAUUUGGGCUUACCAAUGCUCUUCUAUGGACUGGCUGCCAUUCGUCUAAUUAGUCACACAGAGAUCGUUCAUGUCAGCGAGACGGUAAAAGUUCCCAUAUACUUUCUAUAUCCCGAGGACAAGGGCUCAAGCUUUUGAUUUGAUUUUGAAACAGCCAAAAUGUGAAAUGUGAAGACAAGCCGUCUUAUCCAAGUACAUAAUAUUUCGUAAAAGUAAAUGGAACACUGGAUACUUAUCAUCCGUAUAUGUA